AUGAAUAUGAAUUUACAAGAUAAUUUAUUUCAGAGUCAGUUAAAACCUUGAUUUUGAUUGGGUUUGGAGUUUUAGUUGUUGCAAGUAUCCUGGUUGGCGUUGGAAUUUGGUGCCUCGCCUUUGUGGAUGUGCCUAUGUCAAAGAAACUCGACUGGGAGUACAUGCUAGUGAGCAAGUGUAACGACACAGAGAUUGGAAUGCCUUGUAUCAACUUCACGACCGCAAGUACACCCGAACGCAUGGGUCUGUUCAAGUGUGACUGCGAAUUCCCUUUGGAGCUGAAGCAUGAGCUCCAGGGUGCAGUCACUCUGUAUUAUGAACUGCCGGAGUUCGACCAGACCAACACGGCUUAUGCAUCCUCAAAAGAUGAUCAGCAGUUGAUGGGGAAACCGGGCGACCGUCCCGCGGAGUCAUGCGGGAAUUACAGUUACAGCAAUAACACGCCCAUUUUCCCCUGUGGCGAAAUAGCUGACUCUAUAUUUAACGACACCUUUACGCUUAAGAAAGUAGUUUCAAAAGAACAGAAGGUGACCCUAGAAGUUGAAUAUACGAAUUUAGUGACCGGAGACACCUUGAAAUAUAAAAACCCUCCUGAAGAAGUGCUAAAUAAAUUUACAAGACCAAUCAAUUGGGGCGGGGAUCCAGAAACACGAGAUUUGCCGUGGGAGACUGGUACGAGCCUAAAAGGCGUUGAGAACCCUGCAUUCCAAGCGUGGAUGGAUACGAGUUUGAAAAGCAAGCCAGUAUGGCGGGUAAAGAAGAAGGGCGAGUAUGAACAGGGGUUGCCGGCCGGAAACUACAUAAUGUUCAUUGAAAUGCAUUAUGGAGUUAACCGAUACAGCGGGCCGAGGGUCAUGAUACUUGAGGGGAUGUAUACUGAAUCGGUCCGGAGGAGCACAGCCGGAGGCGUGUGUCUCAUACUGCUAGGAUUACUCGGACUCGCGCUUGGAGCUGGAUACAUAUUAAUGCAACGCAAGACAGACUGAAGUUCGAGACGGGCGGCACAAUAACAAAAGAAUGGGGGAAGACCGCAGGAAAGCUGCCUACAGGCGAUAAGUGCACUUUGGAAAAAAAUACUCUGUAACUUGUAUACUGCAAAACGUAAUUCAAGACCAAAAAAAGUAAUACAAUGUUGCCACUGCAAUAAUUUGUUUGUAAAAUAGUACUUAAAUACCUUUUGAUAAAUAAUCACGCUAAGAUAAUUUAUUCAUUAGUAAUUUUACUCCUACUAUUUAAAAAAGUACUUUUAUUUACUUAUUUGUACAUAAAUACAAGACGCGCUAGUAAAAAAGUGGCAACAUUUCUUCCUUUUUUUGGUCUUGAAUUACGUUUUGCAGUUAUAGACUUAUUUUUAAUGUGUUAAAGGUUACAAAAUUUUUAACUAACUAUAGUUAGUCCUUAUGUCAAUGGUUACGCUCCGUGAUUGUUGAGCCAUUUAGGGUUCUAGCUAAAUUGGACAUUUCAUAGCGUUAGUAUUGAACAUCCAAUUUAGCUAGGACUAGGACCCUAAAUGGCUCAACAACCAAGCGAGCGUGAUGGACUGAUGGUACACCCAGCUGUACAUGAAAGAGGCUACCUUAGGGCCACGAUCCUACCCAUAUUACUAAGUAAUCACUAAUUAUUUGUGAAUUAAAAUUCUCUCAUAUUGUCUUAAAAUAAAAUCUUAAACCAUUUUAAUACGACGGAUAGGUAAACCUACCUACAAUAUAUUACAUAUUUGUAAAUGAAGUAAUCACUUCAAUGUAAUUGAUAUGGGGUCGAGCCCUUAGAUUUUCUGGUCAAUUUUAUAUUAAAUAUGCUAGAUUUUUGUUACUCAGUAUUAUUGAUGUGCCAUUAGAAAGUUACCAAAAUUGUGAAAUUUUCAAAUGGAAUAACUUCGAAAACUUUUCAUAACUAUAUUUACAUGGGGAUUUAAGAAUCAAAUUUACCAUGUUCAAAAUGGUUUGUAAAAUCGUACCGACUGAUUUCAAUAUUUUUUUAA